AACAGGAACGUUGUUGCGGAGUUGAGCUUUCGGCGAACAGGUAAUGGAUUAUCGGAAACGAUGGUCGGUUACAUAAUGCUGAUGUUUGGUGUUUUGUCUGCCAAGAAAGGUUAAGUUGAACGUAUCGUGAACAAAGAAGAUGGACAGAAAAGACUGGGCAAAGAUCCAGAAGAACUGGGUUUUUCUGAGGAAGGACCUGACUGCCAUCUACCUCCUCGAUGACCUCAAGUCCUGUCCAGACGAUAUACUGACUGAUGAAGAUGAACAGAGGGUGAAAUAUGAGCCAGUGGAUGCUGACAAGAAUGAGAGACUGUUGCGUAUCCUGAAACACAAACCGUCUAGCCUAAAUGCCUAUAAGUGGUUUCUGGGUGUUGUUAAGAAGCAUCAGAAAUACAUCUUUGAUCGACUGCAGGAGACAAAGCUUGACGCCAGUGAUGUUGGGGAUGAGCCCAGCUAUGACAUCAACAGCUUGGUGAGGGAGAUACUUCUGAAGAACUUUGUAGAUGAGGCAGGGAAAAGCUGCACCUUGCCUGAUGUGAGGAAUGCUGUCUGUGUACUGAGGGGAAGAAGUGUCAACUUUGACUGGAAGGAUGACAAACUGAAAGACUUUGUCAUUGAGGUCUUCUCGGGAGUUAUCUUUGAGCCAGGCAAGAGGAAGAAGGUUCCCAAGUUUCUAAAUCUUGGAGCAAAAGAUGAAACAGGAAUUGUUCCUGUAGUACCUUCUCCACUGGAGGUGCCUACUACAGCACCUGGUGCUGGUGCUGAUGCUGAUGCUGGUGCUGGUGCUGGUGCUGGUCCCACUGCUGCAGUAGCUGGUGGAGCUGGGGAUGCUGGAGGACCUGAUCCUGAUAUCAGUAAUGAACCUGUCAGUCAGCACAAAGACAUGAAGACAAUGACAGUAGAGGAUCUUGUUGCAUGUUUAACACCCAUGUUUCAGAAACUGGAACUUGGAGAAAAUUUCAUAGCAAAAUUUCGCGAACUAGACAUUGAUGGGUUUGUAUUUCUAACAAUGAAAGAAGAGGAUUUCAGACGGGAAUUCUCCACCAAAGAAUUAUCAUUUGGAAAGAGACGCAAAUUGAUGUUUGAGAUAAAGGCCGUAUUGGAACAAAAUCCACAGAUUGCACCGCCUGGUGACAGUAGCAUGUCAGUGCAGAGAGUCAUGAGAAAGGAGGACAAACAGGGUGAGCCAACUGCAUCUCCAUCUGUACAAACCACACCAGCUAGAGAGAGCGAUACAUCAGCAAGAUCAAUUGCUGCAGCUCCUUACAAAGAGCACUUCAGGAGGUUUGAUUCCCCUGUAUCCCCAACAGAUAGAUACACAAGGGGAAGGAUGAUAGAAAUAUCAGGCUACUCACGAGAGAACAUGAUCAACCCUGUAAAGAAGUUUCUGCAACUUGAGAAAGGCGAGAAAAAUAUGUACAGGAAGAUUGCCAAGGAGACGGUGAUGUUUGCAUCUGCUUGCAUGAAUGACCGAACUAAUGGAACGUUCUAUGUCGGCAUCAAUCCAUUGCCUUCUGAUCUUUGCCAGGGACAAGUUGUUGGAAUUCAUCUUGACAGAGAGAAGUGUGAAGACACCAUCAGGCAACUGAUUGGAGAGGCAUUUUAUGAAGAUCAGCAGGACAUCGCAUUUCAGGCAGUUCGGUCCGGAAAGUUUAUUGAAGUUGCUGAUCCUGAGACACCAGACAGACCACUCUGGGUGUUGGAGGUCGAUGUUGUUCCCAGUGGAAAGGUUGUGAUGGAGGAAGCUUUCUUUAUUCGGGGCAAGGUGGUAGGUGCACACAAGGCCAAGAAGCAACACUUGUACAGAUUAAUUGAUGGAACCAUAAAUUCACUUUCUGAAAAAGACAUUUAUGAUUUCAUGGAGAAGAAGAAGAGCCUGACAGAAUUGAGACUUCAACAGGAGAUCCAAUCAUCACCUUCCUAUGUGCCACCAGAUUUGAGGAAGAAGAUUCUCAAUCUGUUUACAGGUGGCAGUGAAACAAUAGAAGAUGAAAUGUAUCCUGUUUUACUAAUAAGUCCACUAGACACAUCCAUGGAUCAUGGCUAUAUUGAAGAAAACCUGUCCUUCAUCCAGUAUUUUGAUACCAAGGCUGUCUUUGACUUUGAUCCAAGCAGUGAUUCCAAAGGGAUCUAUUCAGCUAAUGAAAAGGAGCAAGUUUACGAAGUCCAUACAACUGAUAACUUUGACAAAAAUGCAGAGGAAUACUCAGAUAAAGUUCUAGAAUCUCUUAAGUUGUCAACAGAAAAAUCUUGGAUUUUUUGCAAUGGCUACAGUCGACUGGCUAAAGAAGAAAUGCAACCAUAUGAUUGGAAACAUAAGAGAUUUGAAGGUUUCAAGGAAGCUCUGAGGUUCUUUCAUUCAAGCAUUCCACUUGGAAGGGGUAUGCUAUUGAUCCUUCUUUUCUCCAAGAACUAUGAAGUUCUGUUGGAAGCAGCCGAUGAAGUCAUUCUUAAGUUUAAGGAUCAAUGGAUGGUUAUUGCAGAAACAGAGGAAAUAGCCAACUUGUGGCAGGAUGAACUGACUAGGCGUCAUGUUGUGUCAAAGAAAUCUCUUGAGAACAGAUGCGUUCUUGGGAUGCCAUGGAGACAUGUCAAUACAACAUUCACACACAUUAUCAACCCCAAACAGACAGGAACAUGUGAGCUGCCAACAUCUUCUGGAGCAUUUUGUGUUCUGAAGGAAAGGAACAUAAUAGAGAUGAAUGAUCUGGAAAUACUCAGCAGCAGAGAAUGUGAAGGAGAUGAGGAACUGGAAGACAAACAGUCCAGAGAAACAAUACGAAGGAGUCUUGAAGUGAAGUUUUUUAGAGGAGGACAAGUCCAAUGGAUGAAUUUCUGGUUCAGAGAUAAUCAUGUCUUACGGAGACAUCAACACAAAGAGCUCAUGAGAGAAGUCGAAAAUGCUCUUGAAAACCCCAACCGUGAUGAAGACUUGCGGGUUAAUUUGGUAACGCUGAUGCAUCAGCCAGGUGCAGGAGGGACAACUUCAUCAAAACAAAUUCUCUGGGAUCUGAAGGAAAAGUAUAGAUGUUGUGUAGUCAGGAAGAUUUCUGAUGAAACAUCAGCACAGAUAGCAAAAUUGAGAAUUUAUGAUGAGCCAACAACAAGGAAACCACCUCUGAUUCUCAUUGACAAUGAAGAGGAGGAUAAGGUUCAUCAGUUACUACUGGAACUGGAGGAAAAGGCCAAGGUGGCCUCAAGAUACGAGGAAUACUUCAAGGUAUUCUGUGUUGUCCUUUGGUGCAGGAGAGGUGUGAACCUGACAAGGUCUCACGAAGGACAAAAGGUUCUUCUGAAGCAUGAACUUCAGAAAUGGGAGCUUGAAUGGUUUCAGAAGAAAUAUGACAACCUGGAAAAAAAAUUUAAUGAGGAUAAAAAAGUUGAUCCCAAACUUCUGAUUUCCUUCAACAUCCUUAAGACUAACUUUGACCCUGACUACAUCAAGAGAACUGUCACAGAAUUCAUGAGAGAAAUUGAUGACACUAAAGAGUCAACACUUCUCAGAUACCUUUCUUUGAUCAACACAUAUGAUGGUGACUUCCAAACAAUUCCAAUUUCUGCAUUUGACCCAAUCAUUGGAAUGCAGACAAAGCACAAGAGGAUAAUGCAGUUUGGAAUAUUAGAGAAAAGUGGAUUGAGGGGGAAGGGAUGGGAGACGACUAUGAGCACCUCAUUACGUGUCUUGGUGAAUGAAUCAUCGCAAAGAGGUGCCCAUGGAACACACAUAAAGACUAUCAGGAUCACCAGUGCUCUCCUAGCUAGGGAAAUCCUUGACUACAUCAUGAGGGAAAAUAACCUUCAGACCAGUGAGAUCAUGCUUGAGUUUCUUUCCUCAUCAAUAUUUGAUUGUGAGAACAGCAGCACCUACAAACUAUUGAAUAUUAUCAAAAAUCUUGUUAAGAAAAGGGUCAUGCAGAAAGGUGGAAGACUUGCCAAGUUUUCACAACUUAUUUUGCAUAUCAAUAAAACUGAAGGAGCUGAUAAAGCUGCUGACAUCUGUGUUGAAGUUUUCAAGAAAACUGAAGAUCCAAUGAUUGCUCAACAGAUAGCAAGAUUCUAUAUCCACACAAGCAACUGGUCUGAAGCCGAGAAGUAUGCCAGAAUUGCAACAAAGAGUCGUCCCAAGAACUCAUUCCUCUGGGAUACCUAUGGACAGGUGUACAAACAACAAUUAUUGGACCACUACGAAAGGGCCAAGAAAGGAAUGAAAAUCAGAAACGAAGAUGCUGGUGAGAUUCUUCAAAUUGCACAAAAGGCUAUCGACAUAUUCAGAAAAGAGCAAAGCCUGAGUGAAACUGAGAAAAGUUUGAUGACGAAUCAUGGUGGCUACCUCGGGGAACUGAGGGUUAUCUUCUGGUUAUUGAAUACCUUUUGUCACUUUGAGAGCUUCACUGGAGGGGAAGACCUUCACAAGUUUCUUGUUGAUCGAUGCUACAAGCCCCACUCCUUCUCAUUUCUGGACAGGGAUGAAGAAGGAAUGAUGAAGUCACUGGGUGAAUCAGCUUUUAGAGCCAUUCGGAAGCUGGAGGAUGAGAUGGUACAGUUGAAAGGUGACUCAAGGGAAGAAUUCAGGCCAGAUUGGUCGCUUGACAGAAAAACACUGAUUAUCCUUAAAGAAAAUGUAAAUACCUUCUUUGGAGAAGACUCGGAUGAAGUACCAGAAUCUCUCAGUAGUGAAGAUGCUUGUGAAUAUAGAAGACGACGUGCCCGGAGAAUGGGUGUGACUUCCUUACAAGGAGCUCUUGCUUUGAAAUAUGAAGAAGAUUGGGAAGACAGUCUGAUUGCAGUUUAUGAUCUGAUGAAAGAAAACGUCAAAUCUGAAAGCUGCACAGGUUUUGAUUUAGUCACGAUACUGAACACAAUUAUUGCCCUUCAUGUUGCUGGAUCUUCAAAGACAGCAUCCAUUCCAUAUUCAAAGAUUUUAGAAUGGAGCAAUAAGUUGUACAAUGCUAAGCAGCCAGAAUGCCGACCAUAUUUGGAGACUUACCUGUAUCUGGUCCUCUUUCACCUCCCAACUGACAGCAGAAGGAUGAAGGGAUUCAACAUGUGUUCUGAAGUGAAAAUACAGGAAGCUUUGGUCCGAUGGAGGGAGGCAUUUUUUACAAAUUAUCCCAAACAUCGCGAUUUGGAACAGUUCUCCAGGAGGAAGGAUACCACACUUUUCUUUCUAGGCAAAGGCGUUGGCUUGACAGAGGUUGUGUACCAAAAGGAACUGUUGAGUAAAGGAGCAAGAAUGCGUGACAAUCAAUACUGGCAGUCUGAGAAAGCAAAACGAAGAUUCCAGCGCCUUGAAGGCACUCUGCUCGUGGGUGGUCAGGACGUUCAGGUUCAACUCCAGCUUCCCGGUGGAAACAAGUUCCACAUCACAAUCCCGACAUCGCUGCCAACAAUGAAAAGGAGUAUGUGGCAGAAGAGGGUCUACUUUGUUCUUGGUUUCAGUUGGUCUGGACCAAAGGCCUACGACAUCACUAUUGACAACCCAUCCAAUGGGGAAGAGUCUGUUGUUGAAAGCAGAGAGCUGUUCCCAAGACCAUCUGUCCAGCGUGGCCAUGAUAUCUACACCCUGAAACUACAGGACAUAGAGGCUGAGAUAACACAGUGUACAGAGCAGCUGGAAGCACUGGGACAAAAGAAAAAACGCUCCAAAGCUGACAUUAAGAAGAAGACAUCACUUGAGAGAAAGCUGGACGAACUGAAUGAUGCCAAGACUGAACUGCUGGGGGAACUGACAUAGAUGAACUCCCCUUUGCUGUGGACGACUGAAUCAAACAAAGGCAGCAGGUUACUUUAGAAGGAGAUUAACGAUGUCAUGUUUAUAUUAUAUCUAUAUAUCCAGCCCUUGUUUUUUUGUUAGGGAGCCAAGCGGCUCCAAACAUGAAUAUUUUAGGAGCCAAACCUAAGUUUUUAGGAACCAACAGAUAUUUCAAACAGAUAUUGUCACCAGUUAUGUUGACUUUUAGGUAGCCGAGUGGCGAGCAGUAGAUAAAUUGGUCACUAAAUUGGACCCAAUGGUCGCAACUUAGAUGGCUGAUAUCUCACCUGUGCCAUCAAUUGUCAGAUGUCAGCUACGUAUUCCAUUUUAUCUCUGAAACUACUGGACCUAAUUGAUUCAUCACAGAUGAAAUUUGUCUUGCUGUAAUUACAAUUAGAUCUCAGAAUCUACAUCAGUGUUUCAAAAUUAGUACAACAUUACAGGAUUGAUUUAUCAUAUAAAAAGGUAGUUGAAGGGAUAAUUAUGUAUGUCAGAAUUUGUACUUUAUCAGGCCAUGUUGAAAUUGUUGUUUUCCCAUGAGCAAUGUCUGUAUGUGUCAUUGUGUUAUUUACUGUGUUUACAGCCUUGUGGUUGUCCUCUUUUUCUGUUAGUUUGAUCACAUGCCUAAAUUUUUGUAUAUUGUUGAAUAUGGUUGGGACAACACUGAAGAUAUAUUUGUGUUAUGCUGCAGCAAAUUUGUUCUGUUGUUGGACUAAAUUUUUGCCACAUUGGUUUGAGUAAGGCUUUAGAAUUCUUGGUUCUCAAACACAAGGUCAACACUAGGUCAACACUAUUUGUUAUUCAGUUGACCAUGUCUAUCUAAGCAGCUGAAUGUCAGCAUUUUCUGAUCUAAGCUCAAUACUUGUCAGUACAGUAUGUUUGCCUAGAAGUGACACCUAUAACUGUAUUAUAACAAAGAAAUUAGAAAUAUCUCAUGAAACCAACAAUCACUGCGGUUGUCACUUGAGAAUUUCUUAUCUCAAAUCACUGAUGGUACUGAAUUGCUACUGUCAGAAGCAACCGAUACCACUAUUGGUCUCAAGACCAGUCUCCUCCACAACCCUGGUCACACAUCUUCACCAUUGUUAUCUAAUGAAGGGAACUGUUGACAAGGUGUUAGACAUCACCCAGUUUGUAGGUGUUGCUGAUUCUGUUUAGGCCAUAAUUUCUUGUUUAAUGGAUCUUCUGUCAUAUGAAAAGGCAAUAAGUAAAAACUAUUUAACAAAACAACAUGGCUAAAGAUGAAAUUCAGCUAUUGAAUUCUUUGUUUUUACAUUUUGACUAUGGAUUUAUUGUUGCCAAAGGCUACAGAAUAUAAGCUUUAAAUAAUCUCAGAUCUCAGACAUGACACAUGCAAGACAAUCACACAUGCAUGAGAUUAUUUGCAGAUAUUAUUUUUUCAUUUUUAGCCAAAAAGAUAUAUAUUCCAGUACUCUGGAAGCAUGUUCACCAUUCCACAUACACACGACACACGUCCUCACCAUGCUUGACUUCGAAAGGUUGGCCCUGAUUAUGAUAUUUUGUUUUUUUUCAAUUGGAUGAAGCCAUCAACUAACACCAAUGGACACAUUGCAAACCCAGCCAAAUUUAAUCUCUGUCUCGUAGUCCAGGACAGGGUACUUGUUUAUUUGUACAGUUUCUCUAUGCCUUUUUUAAUAGUAGUCUAAAAGAUUUUUUACAUUGUUCCAGAAUUGUAGUUUUGGAAUGCUUUAUAUGUAUUUUUACUUAACUGUUGUAGACUAUUGUCAUCACCAGUGUGCUGUUGUACAAAACGACCUCAGCACUAUGACUGAAGGAUCACACAAUUCCUCCAUAUUACCAUUGUUAAUGCCAUGCCAUGACGGAUUGACGACAGACCAAUCCUUGUGUUAUAUCACUUUAAUGCUGAGCACCAGGCAGGGUAUCAUCUUUUAACAUCCUUUGGUUGAUGCGGCGGGGUGAUAUUAUGAUCAAUCUCAUUAAAAGCAGAUCUUAGUUCUCGCUAUCGCUACACAAAGAUCUGAGGACAUCCCAUUA